GGCUCAAUAGAACGGAAUCUCGAUGUGACAUUGGAAGGUGUUUCUGCAUAGAAGGUUUUCGUAGAAGGUUUUCCAUCAUUCACUGAGGUUGCCUUGUUUGGACUUGUGAUCGUGCUUCACCGCCAUAAGCAAGACAGUGUGACUAAUGCUACCCAUCUACAACCAGUCCCUUGUUUCCACUGAGCCGGUGGACUCAAAUGAACCUCUGCUGCGUGUCCCUCUCGAGGACAUUGCCUUCACACAGGAAGCAGACAAUGUCUGGGUUUGCGCUCAUAGACUCAGCCUGCCAAUUGUUGACCACAGGUUGGGUUUGUGGCUCGAAGAUAUUCCUUUAACAUUCAGCGCCAUGGGGCAAAUUAAUAUCCGCAAGGGCUGUUUCGUCAUCCCUUGUGGAGACGGCCGCUUUAUUAUUCGAAGGGCAGAAUCCCCCCGCGAUAUCUCUCAGCUUCUCAAGGUAGAUCAAGAAACAGGUGCAAUGAGUCUCCAGCUGAAAUGGCGGCCGGGUGACAUUGUCACUGAAAAUAUUCCUACUGUUCUGCCAUUCUUCGAUGUCAAUGGCAACAGUGCUGUGCCCAUUAGUUCUGCCGAUGUUCCCAUUGGUCAAAAGAUCCGUGUUCAAUUUACGCUUCGCUGUAAGCGGUCUCCUACAGGUACCCAAAUUUUAUACGCAUUUUUUACUUCAGUGCAACCUGUUUGAGCUGAGGAUAGACUGUUCAGGUUCAGAUUUGUCCAAUGGUAGUUUGUUGAGAAAGGUCCUUGGAUACUGACUCAAAUGGCCUCUCUUUAUUGUAAUCCCUGUAGUACCAUUGCUAGGUGCACUUGUUAGCUAUCAAAUGUAUUAAGCGAGGAGUUUCAGAAUUUAUCUUCGCCAUUUGCAUGACAGCUUGCCGAAAUGAGAUUUAUGCAUUAGGGUAAACCUCCGCUAUUAAAAGCCCCUAUAGUAC